AUGCCAUGGACCCCAGUCGCAGCAUAUCAUUACGAGCGCCCCUUUGACGCGCUCGAAACUCUCCAUCGAACAGUCGCAGGGAACUUGGAACACGCAUGGACGAGACUCCGACAUCAAUGCCCGAAAAUCGCAACAGUCCCGGACAUAACAGGGACCCGACAGGUCUAUACAGUGCCUUCUGAACAGCAAACUAAAGAUUGGAUUCUCGCUACAUUUCACGUACACUCAGAAGUCACUACAAAUGCUGAAAUAUUCGAUUCAAUUCUUCUCUCAUCAAGUGAUUUCAUGCUCCACUACAUACCCCAUUCUAAUGAGCUUUUGUUCCGCAGCCCACACUGGCGCAUUGAUGGCAUAGGCCUAAUUCUCCUACAGAGUUGCUUUCUGACUUUCUUAAACAAUAAAUCUUCUUCCGUUCCAGACAUUGACGGCUAUGAGAUAGGCCAUCUUCCUCCAUGUUUGGAAGGAGAACUCGGGUUCUCGCUCAAUAUCACCGAGGAAAUGCGCAACGCUGCGCACGCAGAACUUUCUGUUUUGGCGCAUGGGUUACCUCCUGCAUCUAUAAUGCAAAGCAUCAUGAAUGUGACUACACAUGGCACCUCUCGGAGAGUGAGUCUUCGCUUCGCUAGCAGUACCAGUGAGAAGAUAUUUGCUGCGAGCAAGAGCCGCGGCCUGAAAAUAACGACCGCGGUUCAGGCAGCUCUUUCUUACAGCACGACAGUGCAUAGCUCCACAGAUCGGGGCUCUGAUGUGUUUUAA